UGUUAUUGAUUGUUUUAUUUAGAGGUAGAACAUGGAUUCCGUCGUGAGUCAUUCAAUGUGACAGCAAAAUAAUAAUUUAUUUUAUUAUUUGUUGCAUGGGUACCAUCAAGUAAAGUUUAUUGAAAUAGAGUUUUAGCUCUAAACACUGACUUAUAAUUUGUAGGCUAAGAUGAGUUGUAAAUGUUGUUGUUUACCUGCAAUUGAUUCAGGAUCAGUUAGUUUCUUUAGGAAAUACUCUUCCAGAAAAAGAAACAGGAAAAUUGUGUUGAUGCUGGUGGGAUUAGACAAUGCUGGAAAAUCGUCAACUGCAAAACGAUUAGCUGGAGAACCAGUAGACUCCAUUGUGCCUACAGUGGGGUUCAGCUCUGUGAAGCUGAAACAUAGAGGUUACUCCGUUGUCAUCUACGACCUCGGUGGCAGUCCUCAGAUCAGAGGCAUUUGGCAUAGAUAUUUUGUCGAUGUGCAUGGAGUUAUAUACGUGGUGGAUGCAAGUGACAUGUCACGAAUAGAAGAGAGCCGCAAAGCACUGCAUGAGCUAUUAGCACAUGAGAAACUUGCUGGCAAACCACUUUUGUUGUUAGCCAACAAGCAGGACCAAGAUGGUGCCUUGGACGAGAUUGAUAUCGUAGAACGGCUCAAUGUGGAAGCAUUAGUGAACCAGCAGAAGUGUCCCACUCUGGUAGAGACGUGCUCCACUACUGGUGCACCUCACGGGAGGAAACCUCACGUAGACCCAGGCAUCCUCAGUGGAUAUAGGUGGUUACUGAGAAGGAUUAUAAAUGAAUAUGACAAGUUAAAUGCAAGAGUGGAGCAAGACUUGGAGGAGCAGAGAGUAGCCAAUGAGGUGGCUCGACAGGACUGGCUGCGACGUCAGGACACAGACCUACAGGCUGACUCUCUACCCUCAGACAACGAGAUCACACACGACCCCUUCCAGCCCAUCAACACAUUGGUGGAACACAAUGGGUAUACAUCGGUGAAUGGCCAUGUGGCGACCAAUGGCCAUGUCACAGCUUUGAAGCCUCUAACUCCCAGUGACAGCCCAGACAGUAGUAGUCACACAGUGGAAGGAGAGUACAUUCCUCUACACUCUCCUGUCCCCUCACCUCCACCACCCGCCGAGCCUAACAUACUGGUCAUCAGCGAACCUCAGCCAAUAGACAUUGUCAUGGCUGUUAAAGAUCAAUUUGAAUGGAAAAUGAAUGAACAAAAGAGAAGAAAUAAGAAGCUUCUCCUACGCAGGACCAAUCGAACAGCACCGACAUCUGCUAGUUCAGAGCCUGGGAGAGGUCACAAGGAGCUUCCCCCACUCAAAGUUGCCCAGAGUUGUCCGUGGGCUCGACCAGUCACCGCCAAGUCCCUGCCCUCACAAGGGUGGGGUCUCACAAUGUCACUGGAGGAGAUGCCACCAGUUACUACAACAGCUAACAAGUUGAGUCUUCAGGUGUUGUCAACCCCCAAACAACUCAUGAGCAGCGAUUCGGAUGAUGAAGAUGUGGUUAUCUAUACACCACACAGUUAGUUACAAACAGCUUCUCAUAACUGCCUACUAAGUCAAUAAGCCUUACUGCACAAUCUAGUCAAUCUUGAUCUCAUCAUCAUAACAAAGCU